AUGACGAAAGCUUCUAAGAAGCCUGCGGGGCGCAAAACAGUCAAAAUCCACACCAAACCUCUUACACCUCACCAAGUACCCUCCAUAUCAGAUAACGAAGAUACCCUCUCAUUAGUAGACAUUCCUACUUCGCAACGACUCGAUAAUGCAUAUUCCGAAUAG